AUGCCAAGUGGACCAGUUCCAGCCUCCCGAGCUGGGAACCUUUGCAUCUCUUGGCUCCGCCGGGCUGCUGACACCCACCAAUGUCUUUACGUACGAGGACGGGUGCAGUCAGGCGCUGGGUUGGCCUCGGAUGGUGACAAAAAUAAUCUGCCCCUGAGAAGCAAAGCGCGCCGCGCUUAUGUGGACGAGGAUUUCUGUCGCUGUCCAUUCAGACCUGACCUGUCAAGAGCUGUCCGAACCGUGGGAACCUUUGCUCUUUCGCCGGCCGGCUGGGACGAAUCCCCGCACAAGAGGUCCUGCUCCCCAGUUGUUGGUGCCAAACCUCGGUCAAUUCCGUUUGGGGCAACAAGGAGCGCCUGUCCGUGGCCCGGCCAAGAUCAUGAUACGGCAACUAACCGCGACCACGGAUCCAUCAACGAGGAACUAUUGCUUGUCGGUAUCAGUCUACUUCGCAAUGCCCUGUUUGUCGGAUUUGGGAAUGGGUCUUUGCGUGCCGAACUUGCCGACCAUGGCAGGCGAUAA